UCUUUUAUCAUAUACUGUAUAAUAAAACAUUAGGUAUUCAGUAAUGUCAUCAAACAAUAGUGAUAAACAAGAGGACAGUCCGACUAAGAAAGUGUCACAAGUGAUGAACAAUGAUAUACUUAUGGAAAUUAUGUUAUAUUUGGAUUGUCAUCAAAUUAAACGACUGGAACGGGUGUCCAAACAGUUUCGACAGUGCGGUCAAUAUGUGACACAACAUAAAAUUGAAGCCAUUGCCAUCAAUGACUUCAUAUGUCUUGAGUACAACCGAUAUCUGGCAAAUAAGCCAAUCAUUUAUCCUAUUUAUAAGAUACCGACGAAUUGUUUCAAUCGGACAGAUAGUGAAGGAUUUACUUUUGAAGAUAACGAAGACACGAUUGUCAGACUAUCGGAACAGUUUCCUAAAGUUCGUUAUAUAUCACUCGCUAAAUAUACACCAAAUUAUCAAAAGUUUGUUUCAUUUGUUAAUUUGUUUCAACACUUGGAUACACUCUUUAUUGGCUGCAAUACAGUUGAGUUCACACGAUAUGAGUUCAAACAAUUGGGACAACUAUUGUCUUCGCGAUUAAAGAGAUUUUAUUAUAUAUGCGAUAAACAAUCGCCAAAUGUAAUCAAAUGUAUUAAAAAUUUGACACAAUUGGAGACAUUAUUGAUUACAUUAGAGACCAAAAAUUGUAUCAUUCAAUUGUUUAAAUUGUUGCCAUCGAGUGUCCAAUUUCUACACAUCCAUACGCCAUGCAAUAGAAGCAUACGAUUUGAUGAACAAUUGGCCCAAUUUUUGGUCGAUAGUCGGGCCAAAAAUAUAGAUACACUUUAUAUAACUCCUCAAUUUAAUGCACCGGCACUUGAAAUCAUUGGCCAACAAAUGAAUCUGAAGACAUUUCUUUUCAGUUCAUUAAUAGAAACAAAUCAAUGGAAAUCACUCGAAGAAUUAGCUAAAAAUCAAAAGAACUUAACUUAUUUGGGACUCAAAUAUCAUUGGUUUCUAAACUAUAGAAAUACCGAUAAAAAGAUUAGUUUUCCUAAAGUUGAGACACUUUUGCUUCAUUUCUGUUGUAUGGAUGUCUUGGUCUUCGAAGGGCUUUUAAAAUCAUUUCAAUCAAUGAAGACAUUAAUUCUGAGAAAGACAGCCAUCAGAUGUAUUAUAGAUCAAAGACAACACUUGGAGUUUAGUGACUGUAAUACAUGUUUUAGGCAUUUCUACGAACUGGUGGCCAAACACACAACUAUCCGCAAACUAGUCGUACAUUUUGAGGAUCUUAAAGAUCGGACAGAAGUUUUUUGUCAAACAUUGAAUUUAAUGAAAUAUUUGCGAAAAAUACAUUUAAUCAGAUUUUGUUACGACGAUCACAUCGAUUACUAUUUAUUAUGUCAGCAAUUGAUCAGUGAUUACAUCCAUUAUUGCCACCACAACAGUGACCACAAACUGUUCACAUUUGUCAUUCAUAACGAUAUUUAUUUGAAAAUUAAGUCAGAAAUUCCCAGAAAUAUCAGAAUUUUAUAUAAUCUUUAUUUUUAA